CUUUGGAAGAAAAAUGUCACACCUGAAAAAAGAAAAGAGAAUCAGCUGCUUUGGCCCGUGCGUGAGGCGUUUCCCUGGAAACCGCAGGAACAGACAGCGGAAAAUGCCGGCUGAUUUGUGGCUGGCUGAACCCGAGGCUCGGAGGCUCAGUUAAUCAUUAGGGCAGACGGGGUACACAAAAACCCGGCAAACAGUAAACACCUCGGCUGGAGGCUCCACGGGAGGAGUUUGGGCCGAGCUCUGCGACCUUUUUGUGCGGGACGUGGGACGCUGUCCUGUUUUUUUUUUUGGUUUUUUUUUGGGAGAUGUUUGUCCUCUUCUGUCCUGGAGUUCAUCUGUAGGCUGGGACACACGCUGCUGAGGGAACCCCCACUAUCCCCCCACCCCACCUGGAAAUCAGGGUCUCGCUGGAGAGGUGUGUGAGCGCGCCGUUGGAGAUGAGUUUCGGGGUGAGUUUCGGCACGUUUCCGGGACGGUCGGGGUUUCGGUGAAUGGACCGGCGCCAGAGGGACCCCUGAUGUCCGCGCUGCUGGUGGCCGGGCUGCUCCUCCUCCUCCCUGGGCUCAGCUGGGGCUCGGCAUCGCCAUGGAGACCCUGCACAGAUCUGUUGCCGCUCGACUUCCUGUCCCUGGUUCUUCCCAAGGGCGGGGAGGCCCUGAUGGGGGUGCGCAUGGUUCAGGACGGGGGGGCCCGGGGGCUGCGUUUCACCGGGCCCCCCCGCGCGCUCAGCUUCCCCGCCUCUCAGCUCUUCAUCAACUGCGAGCUCUUCCCUCAGGAGUUCUCCAUCGUGGUCACGCUGAAAGUGGCCCGUGUGGCCCCUAAGAAGAGCGAGUACAUCUUUUCUCUGGUGGAGGAGGACACAGAGCGGAUGCUCAUGGGCCUGCGCUUCUCUCAGGACCGGCUCCACUUCCUGUUCCUGGGCCCGGGAGGGUGGGAGCGGCUGGCCUUCCGGUCCGUGCGGCUCGCCGACGGCCGCUGGCACACCCUGGUGCUGGCGGUGAGCGGGCCGUACGCCACCCUCACCGUGGACUGCGGGAUGCCCCUGGACCUGGCGAACGGGAAGCCAUUCCCCUCCGCGUUCAGCACCAAGGGCUCCAGGUUCUACGUGGGCAGCCGGAAGCGUUGGAAAGGCCUGUUCUCCGGGCUGAUGCAGCAGCUGGUUCUGUUGCCCGGGUCCGACGCUACCCCGCGCAUUUGCCCCUCCUCGAACCCCAGGCUCGCCGUCCUCUCCGUGCCCCAGGCCCUGCUGCAACUGCCAAUCAAAUCGCCCGGGACCGAAGCCCUAAUCUACCCUUACGAGGCUGAUUUGCGCGUGACCCUGGGGACGCAGCCUCUUUGCGGGAAGACGGAGCUGGGCCAGCUGUGGUUUGACACCCUAAAGAGGGGCCUCUUCCUGUGUGACGGCGGGGCCUGGGUCUCCAUGCUGCAAGAGAAAGAGCGGCUGGACUACGUGGAGGAUUACCAGGACCUCUACACCAACUCCGAGACGUUCGACGUGGAGGUUUUCCAGAUCCCCUCCGUCGGCCUAUUCGUCGCGACCGCAAACCGCGAUUCUAAGCGGGGAUCUGGGAUUUACAAGUGGAGCGACGGGAAGCUGGAGCCGUACCAGAACAUCAGCACCUGGGAAGCGAUGGCCUGGAAGUACUUCACCGUGGACAAGAAGAAGUUUUUGGUGGUGGCCAAUUCUCGGGGGAAGAGGGCGGGGGACCGGGAGCUGUCUGUCAUCUACAAGUGGAGCCCGAGGAAGCUGAGGUUCCUGCAGUACCAGUCGCUGGAGACCCACAGCGCCCGCGACUGGGAGGCCUUCCACAUCCAGGGGGAGGACUUCCUCGCCGUGGCCAAUCACAGACAAGGAGACAACAACCACAAUAUCAACAGCGUGAUCUACAAGUGGAACCCGGGCGCGAAGGCCUUCGAAGUGAACCAGACCAUCCGGACCUCGGGGGCGUACGACUGGGAGUUCUUCACCGCCGGCCCGUACCACUUCCUGGCGGUGGCCAACACGUUCGACGGCGCCUCCACGCAGAUCGAGUCCGCCGUCUACGUGUGGCUGGGCGGGACGUUCCAGCUCUUCCAGGCCAUCACGACAUUUGGAGCGACAGACUGGGAGAUGUUCCAGAUCGGAAGCAGGAUCUUCCUAGCGGUGGCCAAUGGGCAAAAAUUAUACAGGAAAGGGCCGAGCGUCUACAAUCUCAACUCCACCAUCUAUGAGCUCAACAUGGCCACCAAGACUUUCCUCAUGUUUCAGGACAUUGCCACCUACAGUGCAGUUGACUGGGAGUUUUUUACGCUGGGUGAUGAAAAGUUUCUGGUGGUGGCCAAUUCCUACGACGGAACGUCUUACUCUUUAAACAGUGUCAUUUACAGGUGGCAGGGGUAUGAAGGGUUCGUGCCCGUCCACCGGCUGCCCACCAUUGGGUGCAAGGACUGGGAGUUCUUCGCCUCCACAGAGGGGUCCUAUCUCAUCUACUCCAGCGCCACAGAGCCCCUGUCCAAAGUCUUCCGGCUGAAGACCUACUGACAGACGCUGUAUGACCAAAAGUGUCUGGACACCCCUUGGUCUGGGGGGUGUUUUUCAUGGUUUGGACUGGGCCCUUCAGUUCCAGUGAAGGCAAAUCUUAAUUAUACAGCAUGC